AUGGAAGGAAAGAUCUUCUUCUUCUUCAUAGCGGCUAUGAUCCUUGCUGCUGCAAUGGAAAAUUCACAAGGACAUGAAUACUACUCCAACACAAUCCCUGCUUCUCACUUGAAGGAGAAAGUCACCCAUCUCCAUUUCUUUCUUCACGACAUAGUCAGUGGUGAAAAUGCAACUGUUGCUCAAAUAGCCAGACCCUCUCAAAACGACACAGGAUUAGGCGCAUUUGGAGCUCUUUAUGCCGUUAAUGAUGCAAUAAGAGUAGGCAUAGAAUCAAGCUCAAAAUUGAUUGGGAGAGCUAAAGGUCUGUACGUAGCAGCAAGCCAAAAGGAUGAGUUUCAGUUGGUGUUGUACUUGGAUUUUGGGUUCAUAGCAGGCAAGUUCAAUGGGAGCUCGUUUGUUGUUUGUUCGAGAAAUCCAGUGUUGCAGACUGAGCGUGAGGUUGCGGUGGUGGGUGGAAGAGGACGUUUCAGGUUGGCUAGAGGAAUUGCGAAGCUGCAUACUCGUUACUUGAAUUUCACUAGUGGUGAUGCCAUUAUUGAAUAUAAUGUCACCUUAUUUCAUUACUAA